AGGCGCGCUUCCUCCUCCCCAGUGCGCGCCGGGCCUUCUCUAGCCACCGCCCCGCCCCGCGUCCCCGACUCCGCCCAGUCCUGUCGCCGGCAGUUCUCUAGGCCACUCAGCCUUCUGGCUUCCCUUCCAGCUCUUGUUUGUCUCCCCGCCUUCGGGGUUCUUGCGUGUUCUGCUCAUUUGUUUCUUGGGAAAGAGGAAUCAUUCGUUGAAAGUUUGAUCCCUUGGCAUGAAAAUAUGGAAGAACAAAAAGAGAAAGUGACUGGGCCAGGGUCACAAGAUUGUGAGGCUCUUGGUGCAAGCCCUUUCCAUUAAAACAAUUGUGGGGAAAGACAGGACACCCCUCUCUCCUACCAAAUGGAAAGGUGCUACAGGGAAGGGCUGCUGUUUUGUGAGGGGUUUUGAAUAGAGGAGGAAAGGAAGGAGCUUUAGAACUGUAUCUCACAUGUUCACCUAUAUCCAAUUCUCCAUCACCCCAGGUGGAGCCUCCCGUACUAGUUCAUCCAUAGGAGCCAACCUAGAACUCUGGCUUAGCCUUUCUGUCCUGUCUUCAUCCCUCUUCUCCCUCCCAGAACCCAACUGCUGUCACUUAAUGUUCUGCCAAGGAGGAGGGAACUGCAAUGACAGCAGGAGUAACCGAGUGGGAGGCAGGACAGAGCUGCAGGACACAGAGGUAUGGAGAGGGAGGUCCAGAGGCCAGAUGACAGUGAGACCCAGAGAGAGGGCAGAGGAGCAGGGUGAGGGGUAGUGAGUGCCCAGGGCAGCAGAAAGGGGGCAGAAGAUAAGACACUUGUGAGCCGAAGAGGCACUCAGCCAUGUUGGGAGCAAGAAGACACUGGCUGCCAGAUCCCUUGCACAGCCUGGGGCUGCGCGUAGCCCUGUUGCUUCUGGCCCUGGGAGCAGGGUUGGCCCAGGAGGGGUCAGAGCCUGUCCUGCUGGAGGGUGAAUGCUUGGUGGUCUGUGAGCCUGGCCGAGCUGCUGCAGGGGGCCCAGGGGGAGCAGCCCUGGGAGAGGCGCCCCCCGGAAGAGUAGCAUUUGCUGCAGUUAGAAGCCACCACCAUGAGCCAGCAGGGGAGACCGGCAAUGGCACCAGCGGGGCUAUCUACUUUGACCAGGUCCUGGUGAAUGAGGGCGGUGGCUUUGACCGGGCCUCAGGCUCCUUCGUGGCCCCUGUCCGGGGAGUCUACAGCUUCCGGUUCCAUGUGGUGAAGGUGUACAAUCGCCAAACUGUCCAGGUAAGCCUGAUGUUGAAUACAUGGCCUGUCAUCUCAGCCUUUGCCAAUGAUCCUGAUGUGACCCGGGAGGCAGCCACCAGCUCUGUGCUGCUUCCCCUGGACCCUGGGGACCGGGUGUCCCUGCGCCUACGUCGGGGGAAUCUGCUAGGUGGCUGGAAAUACUCAAGUUUCUCUGGCUUCCUCAUAUUCCCACUCUGAAGACUCAGAUCCUUCGAAGACUCAGCCCCCAUCACUGCCUUCUACCCUCCCCUGUCCCAGUAAAAACAUCUUUGGGACAGGAAAGUGGUUAGGAGAGUGGUUCCCUCAGAUUGUCUAUAUCCCACCUCUUUGCAUGUGCCAAAUACCCAAGGUUAAGAAUAGAGAAGAGCAGAGUUGGGCAGCUCAGACCUGGCCCUUCUCACAGUCCACCCCUCAUCACUGGUUGCCCUUCUAGUCUCCUGCUACAUUUCUUUAUACCUGCAGCCCUAGAAUCAGGGCAAGGUCUGGCAGGGAGAGAGACUUGCACUAUUUUGCAGUUUUUGCUCCUCCUAUUCCCCUAUCCCAGCUUCCUGCUCAUCGCUAUUUGGAGACAGGUGGUGCAGGUAGGCCUGACAGGCUCCUACAGGGGCCCAGAUGGACCAGCCUUAGAGUACCCUGCAGGCUCCUUCCUGUGAAGAGUGCCAACAUCAUGGGUCUCAGCCAGCACCGUAUGGGCUGGGGUAGGAGGCUCAGCCACAAGCUAAGUAUGGGGAGGGCCACAGAGCACUCCACAGGGUUCAUGAGCCAGGAAGGGGCAUAUGCGUAGCCUAAACACAGUACAUAUUUUGCAUUUACUGGGACAACUGUCAGGCAGGGAUUCUGGCUGUACACUUAUACCAUGACCCAGAUGGACUCUGGCCCUCAUCUUCCCACCCAAGACUUGGGUGUGUAUGUUUGCUCUGGCUGAGAGCAGAUGUACAGAGCUGGAGAUGCGGGUAGAAGGUCACACGUGGACCAUGGAACACAUCUAUGACCAUAUGUCCUUUGCUUGACCACCUCCUAGAAUUACUCCACCUUUGAAGUCUGAACUUAAGUCACUCCACACUCUGACCACCACCUCCUUACUCCAGCGCUCUCACUCAUUUACCUUCACUGUUCCUCUUUCAACCUGUCUCCACUCUCUCUCUUAUUUUUAAUAAUCUAUACUGUCUUAUGCUCCUUCUUAAGCUUCCUAUUACCUGGUAUUAUAUAAUUUGUACCUUCAGCUACUCUCUGACAGUAUCAUAAGCUCUUGCAUGCUCACGUUCACGCUCACACACACACAUAUACACCCGUCCCCUCCCCCCGGCCUCUUUCUCUCUCUCUCUCUCUCUCUCUCUCAUCCCACUAUCCCAUUGGUCCAGCAUGGAUGAAUCUAUCAAUAUAGUAAUUACAGAAUGGUAAUCACUCUCCCUGUAGAGAGAAGAUGUAUUUGGGAUCAGGGAUUGCAAGAUAAAAGCAGAUGUGGUAUGUUGUAAAGAAAAUAAAUAUAAAACUAUGUAUUGCAGUCAAAUAAAAAGGAUAUAAUAAUAUUCAAGUUAAAUAAGAAAUGCUGAUGUGAAUUUAUGGUUUUAAAAAGAAAUACGGCUGGGGUAUAGCUUAGUGGUGGGACGAUGGCUAGCAUGUGUAAGGCUUUGGGUCAAUCCCCAAUGCUAGGAAAAAAAAAUUAUAAACACACAUGUACACACAACUUUUUCUUUCACCAUUUGGCAAUAAUUUAUGGCCAGGAAGACUAGCUUAAACAAGAUAGGAGAUUCUUUCUGUCUCACAUUGAAGAAUCUGCAAUUAAAGAGUUCAGGGAUGGAUGACUAUUUUAUGAUCAUCAAAGCCCAGCCUCCCUCCUCUCUUCUUGCGGUACUACUAUCUUUAGCAUGCCACCUCAUGACCCAAGAUGGCUCUAUGAAUGCCAGCCCUUACAUUAGUCUAACAGCCCCCAGGAAGUAGGAAGGAAGAAAAGGCACACCUCUUUCUUUUAAAGCAGCAUUCUGAAAGGUGCACCCAACAUUUCUGUUUGUUUUGUUUUGUUUCUGCAGAGGUAGGGAUUGAACCCAGGGGCAGGCUACCACUGAGCAAUACCACCAGCUCUUUUUAUUUUUAUUUUGAGACAGGGUCUUUCUAAAUUGCUGCAGCUGACCUCAAACUUGUGAUCCUCCUGCCUCAGGCUCCCAAAUAGCUGGAAAUACAGGCGUGUACCACCACAUCUGACCACACCCAACAUUUCUGAUUACAUCUUAUUGGCUAGACUUUAAUCACAUUUGUCCACACCAAACCAGGAAGAUAGGCUAGGAAAUAAUCUUUUGUUAUUCUAGGUAGUCAUAUCCAGCUCAUAGUCAAGAGUUUUACAUUAAGAAAGAAGGGGAGAACAGACACUGGGGAAGAUAAUUAGAAGUGUUUCAAAAUACAAAUAGGCCAGAUUGAUUUUGUUAAUUAUUACGGUAAAUUUGCUGUAUUAGUUUUCUAUUGCUGUGCAACAAAUUGUGGCAAACUCCUUGGCUUAGAACAGCCCCUAUGUAUUACCUCAGUUUCUAUAGGUCAGAAGUCUUGCAAAGCAUUGCUGCAUUCUCUGCUAAGUGUUUCACGAAAUCAAAAGCAAGGUGUAGGCUGGGCUGCUACCUUCCUUACUGGAAGGGAAGAAUCUACUUCCAAACUCAUUUAGAAUUCAGUUCCUUACCGUUGUAGGAAUGAUUCCUUGGGCCCUCUGUUUUCCUGCCAACAACUGAGCCACUUUAAUCUCUCUGAUUUCAGUGGAAAAAGUUCUCUGAGUUUAAGGAUUCACAUGCUUAGAUUGGGCACACCCACCUUAUCCAGAAUGAUCUCCCUACUUUAAGGUCCAUAAUCUGAAUUACAUAUGCAAAGUCCCUUCUGCCAUAUGACAUAACAGACUUACAGGUUCUAAGGAUCAGGGCAUGGACAUCUUCAAGACAUCUGUGUCAUACAUAGUCUUUAAACGUAAAGAUGACAUCUUGUAGAGAAAAGACAUCCAGCACAAUACACUAAACUCAUGGAAAAUGUGUGGGCUUGAAAAGUUCAGGUUUUACCCAGAAGGUAAAUCAGUUCCCAGGUCUCAAUCAAGAGUUCAGUGAUUAAUAAUCCAAAAUUUCCUCAGCAUUAAGAUAAUAUUCUUCUAUUUUCUAAAUUAAAAAUUUGGUCUGAAGUGAGGUAGUAUUCAUCUCUGGGGUCUAUCAACCCAUUUUUAUAAUAGUUUCAGGUGUAGGUUAAAAAUUUUAUACUCUUCUUGGGGCUGAGGUAAUGGCUCAGAGGUAGAGUACUCACCUAGCGUGAGUAAGGCACUGGGAUUGAUCCUCAGCACCACAUAAAAAAUAAAAUAAAAGAUAUUGUGUCAACCUAUAACUAAAAAAUAAAUAUUUAGGAAAAAAUUUUAUUAUCUUCUUAAUGAUGUGUUUGCUUUUCCAAAGUGUUUAAAGCUUUUACAGGAAUUGACACAUUAGACUGGCAGUUCUAUUGAAAUAUUUUAGAAGGACUCAAUUUUUAUGAUUAAUGUUUAAAUAAUUUCCCUUGUAACAGGUAUAGAUUUUGAUUUGUUGUUUAUAUAAAGUAUUCAAGUGUUUUGAUGAUUUCUGCUCAAGAAUGUUAAUGAAAUAUAGAGUUAAUAAAUAAAA